AUGGCGCCGAUUCCGAAGGCUGUGGGGCUAGUCAAGUUAGGUAAACAGGAUCCUCCAGGAAGCCAGCAACCUGCUAAGGAGCUGGUGGCUAAGGAGGAGCGUGUGGAAGAGAACGCAGAGAAGAAACGACUUGGGAAGAAGUGUCAAAAGGAUCAGAAGCAAAGAGAGUGCUUGGAGAAGGAUGGCAGGGAGUCCAACACGAAUGCCAUUACAGAUGGCAAUGGCAGCCCCCCGUCCAGCUCUGGGAACCCAGCUCAGGGACAGUGUAGCGACGAGCAAGACUCACUGGAUCUAUCUGUUAAUAGUAGCUCUGUGUCUCUGGCUUUCGACAAGGUUGGAGAUUGACCCCUCAAUGCCCACAGAGAAAAAGGACUAAGUCAUUAGCCCCAAGGCAGAAGCCUGGGUCUCCAAGAAAAGAUGAACCGGGAAGAAGGAAGCACUCCAAAAGAAGAGAGCCCUAGGCAGAGUCGUAAGGCAGAGGUGAGGAGGUUAUCUCCAGGACUGCUGGCAGCUGCCUUACAACAGAGCCAGGAGCUGGCAAAGUUGGGUACCAGCUUUGCUGAAAAUGGUUUCUACCACAAGGCCAUGGUCCUCUUCACCCGAGUCUUCAAGUUCAACCCCCAGGACCACUAGUUAUUUGGAAAUUGCUCAUUCUGCAAUGAACGGCUGGGUCAGCGGGUGUGAGCCCUGAUUGAUGGCCCCUGGGGCCUCUUCCGCCUGGGCAAGGCCUUGAUGGGACUGCAGCGGUGUGUUCUGGAGACUCUGAGAGGCGGGUCCCAGCCUGACGCAGUCUGGGAGCUACAUUCCUGCCUCCUGCAAGUCACCCUGAUAGAUAAGGGGUACAGGACGCAUAGGAUAAGGGGGACAUGGGCAGCCCUGCUGGAAGGUGUCAGUUGCCCUGGAAGUACUGCCCCAACGGCCCCUGGCCUUCUAUCUCCACCCUUGCAUUAUCCCAACCUGAGCCAGUCUGACUGGUCCUUCCCCCAGACUCAGAGCAGAAGACCCGGUCCUCUCCACCUCCAGGACUCCUCAGAGGGCUGGGGCACCCUGGAACUUGGGCCCCAGCACCUACCUCACACCAGAUGA